AUGGCCCUCAACGAGACCGGCUGCGAGGAGGAGGAGGAAGACAAAAAGGUUCUGGCAGAGCGGGAGGAGCGGGUCAUGCGCUUCUGCCCCGAGGUCAUGGAUGCCGCGCUGUCGGCGGAGUCUCGCCAGGCCACAGCGCAGAGCCUCGUCCGGGGGGCCAGCAAGGUUCUGGCGGAGCACCGGGGGCAUCAGAAGAAUCUGGAGAGGCUGAAGAUUGCAGAGCAGGAGCAGGAACUGGACACCCAGGAGCCGCUCGGCGGCCGGCGGACAAGCGACCAGUCAGCGCUGCAGAACGCGGUGGCCAUGAACAACCGGUCCAAGAGCCGCUGCCUUGGCGGCCCCUGGCGCCGCCGGGGCGCCGCCGCGCCGCCUUUGCGCUCGGCGACGCCCAUGGUGGACGAGUGUUGCUCAGCCCGGGCCUCGCCAGACUUCAGGAAGAUCCGGCAGGACCUGCCACGAAAGGAGAAGAUCAUUGCCGCCCGACGCUAUAGGAAGAAGCAGGAGGCCUUGCGGCAAGUGCACGGUCGAGUCACCGACCUAGGCUUCGGCGUUGCCGAGACCUUGGGACGGACACCCUCUCCGCGGCCAAAAGAAGUGGACAAUCGCCCGGUCUGCUGCAGCCCGGAGGUCUCUGCUUGGCGGUCGCCUACCCCACUAGAACAGCGCCUCAUGGAGGAGUGCAACGUGGUGGCAGGCAGCCAGUGGCGAGAAUAUCUCGAGGGCAUCCGCUUUGGUCGGAUUGGAGCGCAGUCAGCCAAAAGGCGUGAGCCCAAUCGGGCCUUGGGAAACGCUUCCAAGGAGCCGAGCUGCGAACGCCAUGCUGAUCUGGAACGGCAGAGGAGCCGCAUCGACAGCGGCAAGGUGGAGGACUGCCCGGACGCGCACGCGGCUCACCUCCUGCGCCAGGGCAACAUCCAGGCAUUGGAGCGAUGGGGGGGACUCCGCUACGCCCGGCCCCACGUGCAAAGCCAAGGUCUCUUCCGAGCAGUGCGCUCGGGGCAGCAUGGACUGCUCAGCUGGCUCCUGGAAGAGUUGCAAGGCAUCUACCUGUCCAACGAAGCGGUGCAAUGGCGAGAGAAGGCGCCGCCCCCUCCCCAUCCGCUUCCAAAGAGGUUUGAGCUUUGA